ACUCUUGUCGGAGACUGAGCUAUUGGCAAUGCCUUCAGCUCUGAGCUCAGGCACCUCGAACAUUGUUUUUGUCGUUAAGGAUCCUAAAGUGCUGUGGGGACUGAUCACAUUUUUCUCAACAUCCCUGGCUCCACCUCUUCUGCCGCAAACGUCAGCGUGGUGAUAUCUACCGGCCCUUGGUCCAGUGAGAAGGCAGAGAUGAACAUUCUAGAAAUCAACAAGAAAUCCCGCCCCCAGCUGGCAGAGAACAAACAGCAGUUCAGAAACCUCAAACAGAAAUUUCUUGUAACUCAACUGGCCUACUUCCUGGCCAACCGGCAGAAUAAUUACGCGUAUGAAGACUGCAAAGACCUCAUCAAAUCUAUGCUGAGGGAUGAGCGGCUGUUCAAGGAAGAGGAGCUUGCAGAGCAGCUCGGGCAAGCUGAGGAGCUCAGGCAAUAUAAAGUCCUGGUUCACUCUCAGGAACGAGAGCUGACCCAGUUAAGGGAGAAGUUACGGGAAGGGAGAGAUGCCUCCCGCUCACUGAGUCAGCAUCUCCAGGCCCUCCUCCCUCCGGAUGAGUCGGACAACUCCCAGGGGCGGGACCUCCGAGAACAGCUGGCUGAGGGAUGUAGGCUGGCACAGCACCUCAUCCAAAAGCUCAGCCCAGAAAAUGACGAAGAUGAGGAUGAAGAUGUUAAAGUUGAGGAGGCUGAGAAAGUACAGGAAUUAUGUGUCCCCAGGGAGGUGCAGAAGGCUGGAGAAAAGGAAGUCCCUGAGGACUCACUGGAGGAAUGUGCCGUCACUUGUUCAAAUAGCCACGGCCCUUGUGAGUCCAGCCAGCCUCACGUGAACAGCAAAAUCACAUUUGAGGAAGACCAAGUCGACUCAACUCUCAUUGACUCAUCCUCUGAUGAUGAAUGGCAGGAUGCUCUAAACCUUCUCCCAGAAAAUGAAAGUGAUCAUGAGGAAGAGGAAGAAAAAGGGCCAGUGUCUCCCAGGAAUCUGCAGGAGUCUGAAGAGGAGGAAGCCCCCCAGGAGUCCUGGGAUGAAGGUUAUUCGACUCUCUCAAUUCCUCCUGACAUGUCUGCCUCAUACCAGUCUGACCGGAGCACCUUUCACUCAGUAGAGGAACAGCAAGUCGGCUUGGCUCUUGACAUAGGCAGACAUUGGUGUGAUCAAGUGAAAAAGGAGGACCAAGAGGCCACAGGUCCCAGGCUCAGCAGGGAGCUGCUGGAUGAGAAAGAGCCUGAAGUCUUGCAGGACUCACUGGAUAGAUUUUAUUCAACUCCUUGUGGGUAUCUUGAACUGCCUGACUUAUGCCAGCCCUACAGAAGUGCCUUUUACUCACCGGAGGAACAACACCUUGGCUUGGCUCUUGAAGUGGACAGAAUUAAAAAGGACCAAGAAGAGGAAGAAGACCAAGGCCCACCAUGCCCCAGGCUCAGCAGAGAGCUGCUGGAGGUAAUAGAGCAUGAGGACUUGCAGGACUCACUGGAUCGAUGUUAUUCGACUCCUUCCAGUUAUCUAGAAGUGCCUGAUUCAUGCCAGCCCUACGGAAGUUCCUUUUACUCAUUAGAGGAAGAACACAUUGGCUUUUCUCUUGACGUGGAUGAAAUUGAAAAGUACCAAGAAGGGGAAGAAGAUCAAAACCUACCAUGCCCCAGGCUCGACGGGGUGCUGAUGGAAGCAGAAGAGCCUGAAGUCUUGCAGGACUCACUGGAUAGAUGUUAUUUGACUCCUUCAACUUACUUUGAACUACAUGCCUCAUUCCAACACUACAGAAGUGCCUUUUACUCAUUUGACGAACAACACGUCAGCUUGGCCCUUGACGUGGACAACAGGUUUUUUACUUUGACGGUGAUAAGGCACCACCUGGUCUUCCAGAUGGGAGUCAUAUUCCCACACUAAGCAGCCCUUACUAAGCUGAGAGAUGUCAUUGCUGCAGGCAGGACCUAUAGGCACAUGUAGGUUUGAAUGAAACUGUAGUUCCCUUUGGAAGCCCAGACAUAGGAUGGGAAAGUGGGCAUGGCUCUAUUCCUAUUCUCAGACCAUGCCAGUAGCCACCUGUGCUCAGUCUGAAGACAUUGGACCCAAGUUAGGUGUGACACAUUCACAUGACUAUGUAGCACAUGCCGGGAGUGAUCUGCCAGACAUUCUAAUUUGAACCAGAUAUCUCUGGGUAGCUACAAAAUUCCUCAGGAAUUUCAUUUUGCAGGCAUGUCUCUGAGCUUCUAUACCUGCUUAAGGUCAGUGUCAUCUUUGUGUUUAGCUCAUCCAAAGGUGUUACCCUGAUUUCAAUGAACCUAACCCCAUUCUUUGUAUCUUCAGUGUUGGUUUGUUUUAGCUGAUCCAUCUGUGACACAGGAGGGAUCCUUGGCUGAGGAUUGUAUUUCAGAACCACUGACUGCUCUUGACAAUUGCAAUCCCACUAGGCUCCUUUGAGUAGAGAAGCCAUAGUCCUUCAGUCUCCAAUUGAUAUCAAUACUUAGGAAGACCACGGCUAGAUGGACAAACAGCAUUGAGAGGCCUUAGCCCUGCUCCUUUCAAUUCCAUCCUAUAAAGAACAGGAGUCAGGAGCCGCUGGCAGGAGACAGCAUGUCACCCGGGACUCUUCCGGUGCAGAAUAUGAACAAUGCCAUGUUCUUGCAGAAAACGCUUAGCCUGAGUUUCAUAGGAGAUAAUCGCCAGACAACUGCAGAAUGUAGAACACUGAGCAGGACAACUGACCUGUCUCCUUCACACAGUCCACGUCACCACAAAUCACACAACAAAAAGGAGGAGGGAAAUUUUGGGUUCAAAAAAAGUAAAUGAUAAUGUAGCUACAUUUCUUUAGUUAUUUUGAACCCCAAAUAUUUCCUCAUCUUUUUGUUGUUGUCAUUGAUUGUGGUGACAUGGAUUUGUUUGUAGAGGACAGGUCAGCUGUCUGGCUCAAUGGUCUACAUUCUGAAGUUGUCUGAAAAUGUCUUCAUGAUUAAAUUCAGCCUAAACAUUUUGUCAAGAACACUGCAGAGUCAACACUGUGAGUUUCCAACCUCAGCCCAUCUGUGGGCAGGGAAGGUCUAGUUUGUCCAUCAGCAUUAUCACGAUAUCACGACUGGUUACUUGGUUAAGGAGGGGUCUAGGAGAUCUAUCCCUUUUAGAGACACCUUACUUAUAAUGAAGUAUUUGGGAGAGUGGUUUUUAAAAGUAUAAAUGUCCUGUAUUCCAAUGAUCAUCCUCUAAACAUUUUAUCAUUUAUUAAUCAUCUGGAAAUUUUCUGUCUCAAUUUUUACUGGGCCUUUGUUUUUGCUAGUGUCUGUUGUUGAAAAAAAAAUUCUCUGCCUGCGUUUUAAUUUUUGUCCAAAGUUAUUUUAAUCUAUAUAAUUAAAAACUUUGCCUAUC